UUUAAAUGAAUUUUAGGUCUCAAACGCACAAGUUUUAGAAAAGGAGGAAGAGAAAGAAAGAAAAUGGGACCCCAAGAAAAGAAGGCAACUAGCGCUGGGAAGUCCUCCGGAGGAAGAAUUCCCCCUUUCUGCGAAGAUCGAGAAUGGGGGCCGAAUUUCAAUGCAAAACUGGCGAGGGUGAAGGGGAAAGCCUCAGGGAAAGCUGUGCCGCUCCGGUGGUUUUGGGUCUGCAGCCCGCCGCCUUGGUGGAUCAUGUUGCUAGGGUUGAUUUAUCUUUUCUCUCCCUCAUUCCCGGCGAGUGUGGUGGCUCUUUCCCUGUUGAAGCUGAAGAGCUGACAAACAUUCUGAACAAAAUUACUGCAUAUAUCCUUCCAACCCCAGAAAAUCCUUCACCAGUGAAAACCAUAGCUGGAGGAAGUGUAACAAACACUAUCAGAGGCUUGGCUGCUGGAUUUGGGGUUUCUUGUGGAAUAAUCGGGGCAUAUGGAAAUGAUCAACAAGGAAAAUUGUUCACAGAUAAUAUGAGCUUCCACAAAGUGGAUAUCUCUAGGUUGAGGCUGAAGAAUGGACACACUGCUCAGUGUGUUUGUAUGGUCGAUGAAUGUGGCAAUCGUACAAUGCGCCCCUGUCUUUCUAGUGCUGUUAAAGUUCAGGCAGAUGAAUUGAAGAUAGAGGAUUUCAAAGGGUCAAAGUGGCUAGUGCUAAGAUAUGCAAUACAAAACUUAGAUGUUAUGAAUAUGGCCAUUCGUAUUGCCAAACAAGAAGGCCUCUCUAUUUCUUUAGAUCUCGCCAGCUUUGAGAUGGUUAGGAAGUUUAGGUUACCACUUAUCCAGUUAUUAGAGUCGGGGAACAUAGACCUUUGCUUUGCGAACGAAGAUGAAGCAAAGGAGCUGCUAAGUGGGGAAGAUCACAGAGAUCCUGAGGCAGCGGUUAGAUUUUUGGCCCAACACUGCCGGUGGGCAGUAGUAACACUGGGCCAAAAUGGGUGCAUUGCAAAACAUGGAAAAGAGGUGGCACGGGUAGGGGCAGUAGGAGAAGCGAAGGCAAGGGACGCAACAGGGGCAGGGGACUUGUUUGCAAGUGGAUUUUUGUAUGGACUGAUAAAGGGUCUCUCGCUCGAAGAGUGUUGUCAAGUGGGCGCAUGCAGUGGCGGUUCAGUGGUUAGAGAUCUUGGAGGUGAGGUCACUCCUUCAAACUGGCUAUGGAUGUACAAACAAAUGCUGUCCAAUGGAGUUUCCAUUCCCAUCAUCACCCCAAUCACAAGAACAGUAAGCUCUUCUGAAUCAGCAGAUUCUUGAUUUUUUUUUCUCUAAGGCUUCUCUUUUCCCACUCCCCACCUGAAGAAAGGAUUAGUUAGGAAGAAGAGAAGAUCAAUUUUGAUUUUCUUGUUUUGGGUGUAGCCCUACUGCUUUAAGCAUUUUAUGGGAACAAUAUUUAAAUCAUAUUGACUACUUUGUCAUAAAUUUGACUCUUGAGAUUGAUUUGAGCAGGAUAGAUGGAUAAAGUUUUGGGGGAUAC